AUGCCCGAGGCAAACGGCACGGGCACCUCCAGCCGCCCGGAGCCCGCGGCGCCCGAGCAGGAGGUGCCGGGCGAGCGGCCCCUCUUCAGCGCCGGCACCUACGAGCUGCUGGCGCUGCUGGUCGCCACCAUCGGCAUGCUGGGCUUGUGCAACAACUUGCUAGUGCUGGUGCUCUACUACAAGUUCAAGCGGCUCCGCACGCCCACCAACCUCUUCCUCGUCAACAUCAGCCUCAGCGACCUGCUGGUGUCUGUCUUCGGCGUGAGCCUUACCUUCAUGUCCUGCCUGAGGAGCCGCUGGGUGUGGGACGCCGCCGGCUGCGUCUGGGACGGCUUCAGCAGCAGCCUCUUCGGAAUUGUUUCAAUUAUGACUCUCACUGCUCUUGCCUACGAACGCUACAUUCGCGUGGUCCAUGCAAAAGUGAUUGACUUCUCUUGGUCCUGGCGGGCUAUCACUUACAUAUGGCUGUACUCACUAGCCUGGACUGGAGCACCUCUUUUGGGCUGGAACAGAUACACACUGGAAAUUCAUGGAUUAGGUUGCUCAGUGGACUGGAAGUCAAAAGACCCAAAUGAUACCUCCUUUGUACUCCUUUUUUUCCUUGGCUGUCUAGUAGCACCUGUUGGGAUCAUGGCCUAUUGCUAUGGUCAUAUUCUGCAUGCAGUAAGAAUGCUUCGCUGUGUAGAAGAUUUCCAGACAGUUCAAGUGAUCAAACUUCUAAGAUAUGAAAAGAAGGUGGCUAAAAUGUGUUUCUUGAUGAUCUCCACAUUCCUUAUUUGUUGGAUGCCCUAUGCAGUGGUCUCCCUCUUGAUAACAUAUGGCUACAGCAACCUUGUAACUCCAACAGUAGCUAUCAUCCCAUCUUUCUUUGCCAAGUCAAGCACUGCUUAUAAUCCAGUUAUCUAUAUCUUCAUGAGUAGAAAGUUUCGACGCUGCCUUUUGCAACUCCUGUGCUUUCGCCUGAUGAGAUUCCAGAGGACAAUGAAAGAGACACCAGCAACAGGGAGUGACAAACCAAUACGACCAAUUGUUAUGUCUCAGAAAGCAGGGGACAGGCCAAAGAAGAAAGUGACUUUCAGCUCUUCCUCUGUAAUUUUUAUUAUCACCAGUGAUGACACUGAGCAAAUUGAUUACAGUAGUAAACACAAUGAGACAAAAGUAAAUGUCAUCCAAGUAAAGCCAUUGCAGGGAUGA